AUGUUCCGCUUCAAGUCUCACCAGCAGCAUAAAACUCUCGACAUAAUCACCCUCUUCCACAAACCCACCCUUGCAUCCUCAACCAAAGCCCUAAAUGUCCUCCAACGAGCCUCUACAGCGAUAAAAGAGGGGUCUGCCACUACCUCUUCAGGCUCGCCAUUACGAACCUCCGAAUUCGAGCUAAAUGUCACCGAGGAACCGCCUACGCCGGACCAGCUGUCGUUGAUUAUGGACUACAUGACUUCGUCGCCUCUUGCCAGUGGUGGUAUCGGAGUAGGGAAGCCAGGUGAUCUAGUAUCAGGGGCUACCGAUCGACCCGAUGCGAUGAAGAAGUUGAAGGAGAAUGCGGAUAGCUUUAUAAGGCCUGUGGUUGUUGAUUGGAAUAACGGGAAAGCAGUUCUGGGUACGAAUGAGUCGGCAAUACUGAAGCUGCUUUCAGACGAGACAUCAUAG